CACCAACAACCCCAAACCUUAACCUGUGAACACCCUUCUCGACCUCCUUAUCCCAUCCACUCAUCUCCCACCAUCUUCAUCAGAUUCUAUCCCCCGAGCUUCCAUUUAUCUUUUGUUUACAAGCUUUAAUUACCUCACCAGUUUCAUCAUGGUGGAUAAAAGGUCUCUCAGGUCAAACAAACGCUCAGACUCUGGGUCGUCGGGAAACAAGAAGAGUGGUGAUUCCUCGAAACUCGCAAAGUCAUCAACUAAGAAGGCAGCAGCCAGCAAGAAGGCAGGGUCGUCAUCAUCACCAAAGGAGGAGAUUCCGCCAGUCGAGAAUGGCGCCGAAGAUAUUGAGAUGAAGGAUGACGCUGAAGUCACCACUCCCACUGCUGGGAAGAGGACUGAGAAGUCGGAGAAGCCUGGAGAUGAAGACGUGGAUAUGAGCGAUGGGAAGGAGGGAGAUAGAAAAGAGGAAGACCCCGUUGUCGUUGCAAUAAAUGAAAUUAAGGAAAACUUUACUCUGCUCGAGAGAGCUGUCUCCCUGUUUGAUGCCCGAUUUACCCUUCGUGUCUUGCGUUCCCUGUCAUCUCUACGCCGACGUCUGAACCCCGAGAUUCUCAGCAAAGUUGUUGCCGAGACAUAUCCUGGAGAUCAUCCCUCGUCUCGUAGGCUUACCGCGGCUAUCGGGUCUAGCGCGUCUGGAAUGGACCUUGAUAGUCCUUCUGAAGGAUCAAAGGAUGGCGGGGUUCUAUUGCCGGAAAUUGAUAUCUACCUUCACUUACUUGUGCAGAUUUAUCUCUUGGACCAGAAGAAUCUGGAAACGGGCGCAAGUUUCUCCACCGAGCUGGUUCAGAUAAUACAUUCGCUCAAUCGUCGAACGCUUGACUCCUUGGCUGCCAAGGUGUACUUCUAUUAUUCUCGUGUACACGAGCUUCUUCCUCCUCCUGCCAUCACCGAAAUUCGUCCGCAACUUCUUGCCUCUUUACGAACUGCUACCUUACGAAAAGAUAUUGACACACAAGCCACCCUGAUUACGCUUCUCCUGCGUAAUUACCUCCAAACGUCACAUAUCACUCAGGCCGAUCAUCUCGUUUCAAAGACUCUGUUUCCUGAGUCUGCGGCCAAUAACCUCAUUGCGCGCUACCAAUACUAUCUUGGCCGUAUUCGUGCUAUUCAGCUUGACUACACCGCCGCGCACAACGAGCUCGUGGGAGCUAUCCGCAAAGCUCCCCAGACUGCCGCUGCCGCCGGAUUCGUCCAGGCUGCCAACAAGCUCAAUAUUAUCGUUGAGCUUCUCAUGGGGGAUAUUCCGGAACGGUCCAUCUUCCGUGAACCUAGACUUGAAAAGUCUCUGCACGCGUACUUUUUGCUCGUGCAAGCUGUUCGGAUCGGAGAACUCGAUUCUUUCUUUGACACGCUCAACACGCACGCUGAGACGUUCAAGAAAGAUGGCACAUAUUCCCUUAUUCUCCGUCUGCGUCAGAACGUCAUCAAGACUGGUAUCCGUAUGAUGAGUUUGAGUUAUUCAAAGAUCUCACUGAGGGAUAUUUGCGUCAGACUUAGAUUAGACAGUGAGGAGAGUGCUGAGUAUAUCGUUGCUAAGGCCAUUCGAGAUGGCGUUAUCGAGGCCACUUUGAACCAUGAGAAGGGUUAUAUGCAGAGCAAGGAGUUAUUGGACGUUUAUGCAACUCAGGAGCCUCAGGAGGCCUUCCACGAGAGGAUCAUGUUCUGUAUGAGCUUACAUAACGAUAGCGUUAAGGCUAUGAGGUUCCCCAUGAAUCAACACCGGCUUGAACUUAAGAACGCUCAGGAGGCCAGGGAGCGAGAGAGGGAGUUGGCCAAGGAGAUUCAAGAUGGAGAUAUUGACGAUGAUGAUGCGGGUGGUGAGUUUGAGGGAAUGUAGAUCGCUUUGCUCCGUUGCACACUUUGUCGCAUAAAGCAAGGGAUGUUGGGGAAACUCAUGUAAAAGGCAUCGACAGGGGGUGGAGGGAGAGUGAACACCUGUGUGGGAGGGGCUGGGAACUUUUCUUUCAUUUUUUACCUCGUCUUGUUUCAUUCCACAGCAUUGCCCCGUAUGUUUUCCUUUUAGACAAUCAAUACUCUCUUUCAGGUGGACAUUGCCAUGUACUCUAUAGUUUAUAGCUUGUCGAUAACAUACCCUGCUCGAUGUGAAGCUUAUCAUUGAACGUA